AUGAAGGGAGAUGGCAGCGCAAUGUGGAAUCUGAUGUGGAAAUACUGCAUUUCUGUCAGGACGAUCAGUGUUGAGGGUGAAGCUCCAAGCAGUGAAACUGGCACAUCUUUGGACAGCCCAUCUACUUACCAUCAAGGACCUAUAACACACAGUUCAGCUAUCAGUCCAGACCAUUACGAUCAUUCUGCUUACGGGCUGUACUCUGUCUCCCCUGGACAACAAAGGUCUCGGAGGCCGAAACUUCAGCACUCAACAUCCAUACUGCGAAAACAAGCAGAGGAAGAAGCUAUUAAAAGGUCAAGAUCGCUUUCUGAGAGCUAUGAACUCUCUUCAGACCUACAAGAUAAGCAGGUGGAAAUGCUAGAACGGAAAUAUGGAGGCCGUCUCAUAACUAGACAUGCUGCUCGUACUAUACAAACAGCUUUUCGCCAGUAUCAGAUGAACAAAAAUUUUGAGCGUCUUAGAAGUUCUAUGUCUGAAAAUCGUAUGUCAAGACGCAUUGUACUGUCCAAUAUGAGAAUGCAGUUUUCCUUUGAAGGACCUGAGAAAGUCCACAGCUCUUACUUUGAAGGAAAACAAGUUUCUGUUACAAAUGAUGGGUCAAAGCUGGGAUCCCUGGUACAGUCUGAAUGUGGUGACCUUGGAGAGUCAGCUACAAUGAAGCCUCCAGCAGCAUCUACUGAUUUUGCUGAUGCUAUAACAGAACUGGAGGAUGCUUUUUCCAGGCAAGUGAAAUCCCUUGCAGAGUCCAUCGAUGAUGCACUGAAUUGCCGUAGUCUACAUUCUGAUGAAGUCCAGACUCCGGAUCAAGUCAGAAGUCGUGAAAUGGAAAGGGACAGUUGUGCUCAAACUAAACCAGCAAUUCACAAUGUGGAUCACAGGAAGCUUGAUGAGAUGACAGCAUCAUACAGUGAUGUUACAUUAUAUAUUGAUGAGGAAGAGUUAUCUCCACCCCUUCCACUUUCCCAAUCAGUAGAGAGACCGUCCAGCACAGAAUCUGAUCUGAGGCUCCGGUCCGUGAACUCUUCUCAAGAGUACUGGUCCAUGACCCACAAAGAUGAUAAGAUAGACACUGAUACGAGCUGCAGGAGUACCCCGUCAUUGGAAUGUCAGGAACAGAGGGUGAGAAUGGACCAUCUACCAUUGCUAACUAUAGAGCCACCCAGUGACAGCUCAGUGGACUUGAGUGAUCGCUCAGAGAGAGGCUCAUUAAAGAGACAAAAUGCAUAUGACCGAGGGAUCACUAGUCAACGAGGAAGCCCAAAACACAUCCCUCACAGUAUUCCUGCCAAGAUUAUAUCCCGAGAGGAGCAGGAGGCAAGACAUAGGGCUAGGCCUAUAGACAGUCAUUUAGCUAUCAAUGGCACAGCAAACAGGCAAAGCAAAUCAGAGUCUGAUUAUUCUGAUGGAGACAAUGACAGCAUCAACAGCACUUCCAACUCUAAUGAUACAAUAAAUUGCAGCUCAGAAUCGUCUUCUAGAGACAGCCUAAGGGAGCAAACCUUGAGCAAACAAACAUACCACAAAGAAACUCGCAACAGCUGGGAUUCCCCUGCCUUCAGUAAUGAUGUUAUCAGGAAACGCCAUUAUAGGAUUGGACUGAACCUUUUUAACAAAAAACCUGAGAAAGGAGUCCAGUACCUAAUUGAGCGAGGCUUUGUGCCAGAUACUCCAGUUGGUGUUGCCCACUUUCUCCUGCAAAGGAAAGGUCUCAGCAGACAGAUGAUUGGAGAAUUUCUGGGAAAUCGACAAAAACAGUUCAACCGGGAUGUGUUAGACUGUGUUGUGGAUGAGAUGGACUUCUCAACAAUGGAACUGGAUGAAGCACUCAGGAAAUUUCAGGCUCAUAUCCGUGUUCAAGGAGAAGCCCAGAAAGUAGAACGACUCAUUGAAGCUUUUAGCCAACGAUACUGUAUCUGCAAUCCAGGUGUUGUGAGACAAUUUAGAAAUCCUGAUACCAUCUUCAUUCUAGCUUUUGCCAUCAUACUGUUAAACACAGAUAUGUACAGCCCAAAUGUGAAACCAGAACGCAAAAUGAAGCUAGAAGAUUUUGUGAAGAAUCUAAGGGGUGUGGAUGAUGGUGAGGAUAUCCCACGAGAAAUGCUGAUUGGGAUUUAUGAGCGAAUCCGCAAACGGGAACUGAAGACGAAUGAGGAUCAUGUAUCCCAAGUCCAGAAGGUUGAAAAACUCAUAGUAGGAAAGAAACCGAUUGGAUCUCUGCAUCAUGGACUUGGUUGUGUCCUCUCUCUACCCCACCGGAGGCUUGUUUGCUACUGUAGGCUGUUUGAAGUUCCAGAUCCCAAUAAACCUCAGAAGCUUGGAUUGCACCAGCGAGAAAUAUUUUUAUUUAAUGAUCUUCUUGUGGUGACCAAGAUUUUUCAAAAGAAGAAGAACUCAGUCACAUACAGUUUUCGACAGUCCUUUUCCCUCUAUGGAAUGCAAGUUCUUCUUUUUGAGAACCAGUAUUACCCCAAUGGUAUUCGGCUCACGUCAGCCGUUCCAGGAGCAGAUAUCAAAGUACUGAUAAAUUUCAAUGCACCAAAUCCUCAGGACAGGAAGAAGUUUACAGAUGAUUUGAGGGAGUCAAUUGCAGAGGUUCAAGAAAUGGAAAAGCACAGAAUAGAGUGUAAGUACAAAGCUGAGCUAGAAAAACAGAAGGGUGUGGUACGUCCAAGCAUGUCGCAAUGCUCCAGUCUGAAAAAAGAUUCUGGCAACGGGACGCUGAACCGAGCUUGCCUGGAUGACAGCUAUGCUACCGGGGAGGGGCUGAAAAGAAGCGCCCUGAGCAGCUCCCUCAGAGACCUGUCGGAAGCAGGCAAGCGUGGGCGACGCAGCAGUGCAGGAUCGCUAGACAGCAAUAUGGAAGGGUCCAUCAUUAGCAGUCCUCACAUGCGCCGAAGAGCUACAUCAACCCGAGAGUGUCCAUCUCGCCCUCACCAGACUAUGCCUAACUCCUCCUCACUCCUAGGUUCCUUAUUUGGUAGUAAAAGGGGAAAGCCACCCUCCCAAGGCCAUCCACCAUCUGGCUCAUCACAGCAACCUCCGCACCCUCCAGUAAUCCCACAUCAGCAGCACUCACAGCAUCCUUCUGCCAUGCAUCAUGCAGGGCCAGCUGAGGGGCAGACGCAGGCACAAGUGCACUCGCACCACUCGCAGUACUGCCACAUGCAGCAGAACCCACCGCCCUACCACCACCACCACCACUACCACCCUCCCCAGCACAUCCAGCACCCGCACCAGUAUCACCAGCACGUGCCCCAUUCCCAGCACCCUCCGUACAUGCAGCACCCCCACGUGCAGCACACCCACUCUCCCCAUCCGCCGCUGCCCCCUCCGCACCCAGGGCACUCUUCUCAUCCCCAGCACUCUCAGCAUCACCACGGACCGCCACCGCCUCCCUCCACUGCAGCCAGCACCAAGCCCAAACACAGCGGCAUCAGCACAAUAGUCUAG